AUGCCUGACGGAUACUUGUUCUAUGAUGGUAGGGGGAUGUCAGCCAGCGGAGAGCGCUAUAAAUUCUGCAGAAGAGCAUCCGGUGGCCAGAGAGCAGGCAACCACUAUUAUGCAGUGGACUCCCUGUACUAUGAAGUCGUGGACAUCGAUCACUCCUCACAAGAUCCCCCUCCAAUGGAGUUUCAGAAACACCUCUGGGCGGCAGGAUUCAAAUACGAAGACCCACCACAAGAUCUAACCCAGAAACCACCACCAUCUGAACAUGAGUCAAAAGCAAAAGGAACAAGUCAAUCCCUGGAUCAAAGGGAUGAAAUGAGCACAAGCAGUGGAAGCAGCAGUGACAGUGACGGAGACGACCACAUACCAGAGCCAGAGGGAUCAAAACAUGGCAAACUCAAAGCCUAUGUCCAGAAAGUCGAAAAGGACAGAAAGGAAACCCUGAAAAGGGAAAACUUGGAAAAAAAACGUGCUGGUAAGACUUCCGCUUCAAAGAAGCCUACCGAAAAGAAAGACCCAAAGCCACCAAAAAAGUCUAAGUCUGUAACGAACAAAUCCAAGUCCCCUCCAAAGAAGUCAAAGUCUCCUCCCAAGAAAGCUUCAGUCAAGACUAAGCGAAAGCUUCCCAAGAAGCCAGAGUCUCCCAAGGAACUCCCUGCCAAAGUCAAGAGAAAGAAAAAGGUCAAGGUCAAAACAAUGACAGAGGUGGAGGCAGCACCUCCAAAGAAACGGCGCACUGGGAACAGCAAUUCGUCGAGGAGAAGCCCGGCAAAUCUGGGAUGGUCGUACCAUGAUAGUACCCUGCCUGGGGAAGAUUUCUAUUGUCGAAACUGUACAGGCAGGAUAGCUGUGAUGGAUCCUUUCCUCACCCACAGAGUACGUCGAAAUGAAGAUGGUGAUGACGACGAUGAUGGUGAACUGAAAGAGUUUCAAUACCAUACGGGUUUCUAUUGCCUUGGAGGAUAG